AUGCAUAUGCAUGCAGUUGCAUACAAUAAUGUAUGCUCAAUAGAGACAAUCCGUAAUAAUCGACGAUUAUUGUUUUUCAUGAUGAGUAAUAAUAGCGUUCGGUCUGUUACCUGUGUAGAAGAAGAUAAUAUAUGUAUGAACAACGUAGAAGAAUUGCAAUUGAUGAAACCGGAUGCAAUGAUUCCAAAUGAUAAUAAAAUUAUGGCUCAGCUUAUAUUGCAAAUCGAGGUUCAGAAGAAGACUAUUAACCAAUUAUUAUCAACAAUUAGCGAAAUGAAAACUAAUUUUCAAAUGCAAAGUCAGUUGAAGGACAACGAAUUGUCAAAUUUGAGGGGAAAAUAUGAGCAAUUACAAAAUAGAGUAAAAGAAUUUGGAGAUAAUUCAUCGAAAAUUGUUCAACCAAAUUUUUAUCACCAUUAUCAAAAUACAUUGGACAAGUUGACCAAUGAAGUUGAGUCAUUGAAAAAGAAAAACAAAGAGUUUUUGAAUGAAAAAAAUUCUUUGGUAUCAAAAUUAGCAGAAGAGUUUGAACAAUGUCCAAUGGCAUCGUUUGACUAUGGAAACAAAAGCUACAAUAUUAUCAGCAAAUUAACUAAAUCUGAGAAGGCUGAAAAUGUGGAUACGAGAUGCUGUGAUAAGUUCUCCGAUUUAUGUGUAACUGAACUCAAUGAAAAUCUGGAUUUCGUCGGCGUUGUUGAUAACGUUGUCCAAAAAGCAUCUGAUGUUAUCGAAGUCCAACAAACUCCGACAAUCGAAAACCCAAUGAAAAUCUUUGAUUCUAGUAUCAAUGAAAUAUCAUUUAAAAGGACUAUCUCAAAUAACCUCGAAAUAGAAUCGAAUCGUCUAGAUGCGACGAAGAACGAUACGAUUUCUACAGAAGAAAAUUGCUGCAAAAUAUCCGCCAAAUCCACCGGUCAUAGCGACAUAACAAACAUCAUACAACUGGACCAAAUCACAACGUUUAAGAAUACUGUUAACGAUAAAAAAAAAAAACUAAUAGACAAUAAAUUAGAUGCACGCUUAAAAUCUGACCCGAUAUGUGCACUGCAAGAGUUGUGUAUGUCCCGAGAUUGGAGACUACCGGAGUAUAAGUUUUUCGAUGAAGGUGAUAAUAAAACUUUUACUUAUUCGGUAGAGGUCUACUGA